CAUAAGGGACCGAGCCUUUGUAUACACACACUGAGUGCUGUUUUUUCCAGUCACCCUAUAAGCUCCUGUCGCAUAUUCUCUUUAUACAGUAGUGUAUGCAGUUUGCACAGUUCUUUGGAGCAGAGCUGUAGGACUGUUCUGAAGUUGCACAAGCUGCCCCAGUUUAGGGGGUAUAUGUGUAGGGGAAAGCUGUGUGAGGGCGCACUGUGUCAGGUGGAGGACAGGGUUCGGACGAUGUACAACACGGUGUGGAAUAUGGAUCAGGAUGACGCAGACUGGAGGGAAGUUAUGAUGCCCUAUUCCACCGAGCUGAUCUUUUAUAUUGAGAUGGACCCUCCAGCACUUCCUCCCAAACCACCAAAAUCAAUGACUCCAGUGUUUACAAGCGGAAGCAAGGAGAACUCGUCGGCUCUCCAGGAUGCAGAGUGGUACUGGGGGGACAUCUCAAGGGAAGAGGUAAAUGAUAAGCUACGUGAUAUGCCGGAUGGCACUUUCCUGGUUCGGGAUGCAUCCACUAAGAUGCAAGGAGACUAUACGCUGACGCUGAGGAAGGGAGGCAAUAAUAAACUUAUAAAGAUUUACCAUCAAGAUGGCAAAUAUGGCUUCUCUGAUCCGUUAACAUUUAACUCUGUCGUGGAGUUGAUUAACCAUUACAGGCAUGAGUCCCUUGCCCAGUAUAAUCCUAAACUUGAUGUAAAGUUGCUGUACCCAGUAUCAAGGUAUCAACAGGACCAGCUGGUUAAGGAAAAUAACAUUGAUGCUGUGGGAAAGAAGCUCCAAGAAUAUCACGGCCAAUAUCAGGAUAAAAGCAAAGAGUAUGACCGACUCUAUGAAGAGUAUACAAAAACCUCCCAGGAAAUUCAAAUGAAAAGAACUGCAAUUGAAGCAUUUAACGAAACCAUUAAAAUAUUUGAGGAGCAGUGCCAUACGCAAGAACGAUACAGCAAGGAAUACUUGGAGCGAUUUCGCAAUGAAGGAAACGAGAAAGAAGUUGAAAAAAUAAUGAUAAACUAUGAAAAAUUAAAAUCUCGUUUGGGGGAGAUUCAUGACAGCAAACUACGUCUGGAGCAAGACUUAAAGAAGCAAGCAUUAGACAACCGAGAGAUCGACAAGAAAAUGAACAGCAUAAAGCCUGACCUUAUUCAGCUGCGGAAGAUAAGGGAUCAAUACCUUGUGUGGCUUAAUCACAAAGGAGUGAGGCAGAAGAGAAUUAAUGACUGGCUUGGAAUCAAGAACGAGACUGUUGAUGAUACUUACUUUAUGAGCGAGGAAGAAGAAAACCUUCCACAUUAUGAUGAGAAAACCUGGUUUGUUGGCGACAUCAAUCGUACACAAGCAGAAGAAUUACUCUGUGGAAAGCCAGAUGGGUCAUUUCUAAUCCGAGAGAGCAGCAAAAAGGGGUGCUACGCGUGCUCUGUUGUGGCUGAUGGAGAUGUCAAGCACUGUGUCAUUUACAGUACUUCGAGAGGCUUCGGGUUCGCAGAGCCAUACAAUCUGUACAGCACACUGAAGGAGCUCGUCCUCCACUACCAGCAUACAUCUCUCGUACAACACAAUGAUUCCCUCAACGUCCGGCUUGCCUAUCCAGUCUACGCACAGAUGCCCUCCCUAGGCAGAUAAACGCCUGCACCGGGCCUUGAAAAGGUGGCUAUUUUGGAUAUUUUCUACAGUUUUUACUAGAACUACGAGGGCAUUCUUUCUACUUAGACUGCUUGUUUUGCACAAGAAGUGAAUUUUGUGAAUGUGAAUCAGAGGCCUAGGAGGAGCAAGACGGUGGCUUAAACAUAGGUGUCCCGAUGCUACCUACGGUUCAGCUGUGCACAUGCACCUUUUUGAUCCGGUGCAGGAAAAGUAAAACUGAUGAUAACUGGAAGAGAAUUUCACGUCCCAAGGAACUUUGAAUCUCUUGUGAUGCCUGUUUCAUUCUUGUAGACGUUGAAGCCCGUUGGCUUGAGGUGUUCGUGAUGUCUCUUAUAACAUCAAGAAGUUGGUGGGGUAAAGACGCUCUACACCACUGCACUUUCUCUCCACUUAAUAUCUUCAGUGGUAUUCAGCUGAACUUCAACUACCAUGGCUUGCUAUGUAUUGGAAGGUAGCAUUAAGUUUGGUGAAAAAAAGACCAAAGGAUUCUUGGAAAGAUUCACUUUUUAUUUCCUGGAAGGAAAAGAAGAAAAAAAAAAAAAAAACUACUAACAAGUUGCUUUAUUUUUCCAACAGUAAACAAAGUUUUGGCUUCCAUAGCACUAACUCAUCACACGAGGAAACCUUUUGACGUUUUUAACCAAAUUCAACCCACCAAAACUUUGUUCGUUGCUGGAUUGAGCACUUAACGUGGGAAAAUGCAUUGGCAUCUGCACAUAUUUCUACACCAAAACUUGAAAGAAA